AUGGCGGCAAAGGCUGUGGAAAAACUCAAUCGCGAAUUGGACUGUGCUGUUUGCAUAAACACCUUAAAGAAUCCUAAAUCCUUAUCUUGUGGACAUUCUUUUUGCGAAGAAUGCCUGAAACAAUGUGGUCAAGUUCGCCCGGGUGCGAUCAAGUGCCCCAUGUGCAGAGAAACAAUUACCCUUCCAGUGGAUGGUGUGUCAGGUCUGAAGUCAGAUCCACUGAUCAGCAGGGUCAUCGAAGUUCUAGAGGCUAAGAAGAACUCGACCGAAAUAGCCUGCGACGCCUGUGGGGACAGCGAUUUGAUUCUGACAACGUAUUGUAGAGAUUGUCUCAAUUUCAUCUGCGACUCAUGUGCAUCUUCUCAUUCAAGAAUGAAAAUAUUAAUGAAAGAUCACCGCCCAGUACCCCUGGAGAAAAUCGUCAACGGUUCGGUAAAAAUCAAAUGGAUCGAAGAGGGUAUGUGGAGAAAGGAAAACGAGUGCGACGAACACAUAGGUGAGGUACGGAGAUUCUUCUGCAGGACAUGUAAGAAACGCAUCUGCAGAGACUGCAUUGUUCUUGACCACACCAGACCUGACCAUGACUGCACAACAGUGCAAAAUAUGUUCCUGGAAACACAGGAGAAAAUGAAAGAUCGUCUGGAGAGUUGUCAAAGAAAGCAAGAAUCUGUUCAGGCCAUGCUCAGUGACGUGGAGAAAAAGGAAACAGAGAUAAACCAGCAGAUCCAUACCCUCAGAGAAAAUAUUCGGGACCUCAAAGCAAAGGCUGUAGUGAAUAUGAACAGAACUGAAGAGGAGCUCCUUCAGAAUGUUGAAGCAUUCAAGGGAAAGCUCAAUCUCAAACUGAAAGCUUUCAAGGGCAAUUUGAAAACAUCUACAGAAAUACUGACAAGUUUACAAAUAAAAGCUAAUGACAUCAUUUCAGCAAAGCAGGUGACCGACCUCUCGAGGGGCCCUUUCUUGCCCGAGGAUGUUCUUAAAGAACUCGAAGAGGAGAUUGCGUCAGAAGUCACUAUGACAAUUUUUAGGGAUCUCCUGGCUUUAAAAGGUACCCUGGUUCAAGGUCCUAAUUUUCCGACACCAGUAUCGCCGUUUGCGGUGUUGUUAUUGCCGCCCAUUUGGCAAGAGAGACGGAUGUUUCCUAUUCCUAAUAAAGACAUAGUGAAAAUCUCAUGUGACGGAAAUUCUCUAUACGUUGCCUGCAAGAAUGGUAUUUACAAGAAACUGUUGUCUCGCGAAGCUGAAUCGUCAACCUGGAUGAAGCUAAACCAAGAAGUCAUCAAACAGGUGGUAGAUAUGGCUAUAUCAGUGGAAAACAGGACACUAUCUGUCCUUGUUGAGACAAUCGCAGGUGAUACGAAAUUCUUCCGAUUGCAGCUGGAUGCAUUUUCCAAAUCCAAUCAAGUCUUCCUCAGUGCAAGUUCGUCGAUAUCAGUCUCGUCAUGUCAACUCAACAAUAACGCCCGGAUUGCUGUUGGUUUCCAAUCUCGUGUGGUCAUUACUGACAACAAUCCUAUGGACGAUCAAGUUCAUAGCGAACCAGAAAAUCCUGCUCGUUCGCCAUUUGGGAAACAUGCAAACACGAAUUUUGCUUCAUUCAACUUCCAGAUCCCUAGCAUGGACAGGUCGCAAUCUCCCUUUGGCGAAGCUCGGAGUUCACCUAAAUUUCGUCAACCAAGUACAACCAAAAGUUCUUCAAAUUUUUCAUUUAGUCAACCUGGUCAUGUUGGUCAAGGUACUAAGAGUUCAUAUGUACUCCCUACGUUCGGUCGAGUAAAUACAGGAACGAAACACAAAACGGCUUCACAGGAAAUAGAGAGCAAAGCAGGUUCUGGAUCAUCCAUUCUUACGACGUCAAUUACUGUCUAUCAGGGUCGCUCUAAGAAACAGGUCAAAGGUUUCUCGUUCGGCAGCACUCUACUUCCUUUGGCAGAUCAAGAGUUCGAUAAUUUCAAGGUGCCUAUUGAGAGGGUUAAAAGUCUUGCAGCCACCAAGUCAGGUCAGUUGGUGUUCCUCCGAGGGGAUAAGAAAGCCGUCAUCAUCACUUAUUACAAUGGUACAAUACAGCAAGAAAUCAAGGAACCGGGAAGGAUGUACCUGUCCAUCUCCUGCACAGAGAGUGACGCCCUCUACGUUCUAUCCGCCAGCUGGGGCAGCCACACCAUUACGCUCACUAAGCAUUCCCUGAAUGAUGGUCGUGUUCUUGAGUACAUCAUCGACGAGCUCGAUGUAUCAGCAGAUUUCAAGUCAGAAGACUGGCCAGUAAUUGCUAACCAUGGAAAUGACCUCGUGGUCAUCAAUAUAGGCAAGGUGAUUCGUGUCUUUUCAGCAAAAGGGGAUAUAGUAGAUGGCGAUGACGGAUAUCCAAUCGAGGGUAACUAACCUGCACGAAUCGCAAACCUUAUGAAAUUGCAACGUCCGAAAUGUCAUGGAUGUGGAGAUUAUAUUAUUAUUAUCAUAAUUAUUAGUUUAUCUCGGAUUCAACGUAGACAUAUAUGUCCGUCAUGUCUAUCGCUCCAUACCUACAUAAAAUGAUGUAAAUGAAUAACUCAUUUGGUUAAUUGAUUCAAUAAUUUUGUAUGUAAUACAAUCAAUAAAUCUUCAAACAGACAAGUAAAAGACUUAAUUUUCGCCUAUAUUUUUUCUGCGUAAAUUUCUGCUGCUUUAAAGGUGCUUUAUAUUCAAAUCAUGCAUAUAAGAAUAUUCUAGAGUUUAAGUUGAAAGUAACCAAAAUUUAUUGCAGUGCAAGAUGUUAAACAUGAUGGAGAAAAUAAGUUUGUAGCAUUACCAAAAUUAGUCAGACUGUCAUUGUUAAGAGAGAAAUGUUCUUAUGGAUAAAAAUGUCAGACUUCAACGACUUUUUCUGCACUAGAUCGUGAGUACAUCAUCUGAUUUUGGGUUGCAACUUUUUAUAUUUCAGUUAAAGACUCAGUCUGGCCAUUUUAUACAGUAUCUACCCAAAUAAAACUUAUUUAAAUUACUCUUUAAGCAUGUUAAGUUUGAAGGCCUCAUCAAUUCUUACUGAUUUCUAUAUUCAUUUAUGUUAAUGUAUAAAUGUAAAUAUGCACAUGAUUAAUUGUUGUUGUGAAUGUUGUCUAUUAUUCUUACUGAUUUCUAUAUUCAUUUAUGUUAAUGUAUAAAUGUAAAUAUACACAUGUUUAAUUGUCGUUGUGGUUGUUGUCUAUUAUGGAUUUUGCUUAUUACGUUUGUAUCAUUUUUUUUCAUCGGGUGGCAAAUAGAAUCCUCCAUUUUACUUUAAUAAUCAGCCUAUAAUGCAAAUGAUAUAAUAGUUUUAUUGGGUGUGCAAAAUAAAACACAAUAUUCUGAAUAACAUGAAGAAGACGAUGAAGAUCAAUACCAUAGUUAUUGUCGAGAGAAAUGAUACUUUUACAUAAUAUUCAAUCAUUUAACCGCCAGGGUUGAAUAUCUAAAACGAUCUAUGCUUUCAAGUAGACAUUUCCUUUAUAAAAUUAUGCCCUUAUACUUGUAACUGUUAAAAAAUAGUUAUAGACCUAUACGGCAUGUUCGGUGUGUAGGAAAAAAAUCAUGUAUUCUGAAUAAAUAUAAGGAAAGCAAUAAAGGUCAUUAUCAUGAUCAUUGUACAAUAGAAAAUUUAGCAAGUAUACAAAAUUAUUGUUUAUCUUAACUUGCAUUAUGUAUCAUUUAUUCUUGGUCAUUAUUAUGCACAUUUUUUAUCUUAGAAAAGAUAUGCGAUAUAAUCUUUUUGUUAUAGGAUUAUCAUGAAAACUGGUAUAUCGCGUGUACUUUCUCUUCAUGCUGAAACUGGAAUUUAAAGCCAUACAAUGAUCAAUGUAUUUUGCAAACUUCUGUUGGAUGAAAUUGCAGUACUAGUGGACUCAGUAGCGUACCUACGGGGGGGGCACUCUGCCCCCCCCCCUGACGAGCCACAACCCAUACAAAAGACAUAUACCUGCCCCCCCUGACGAGCUUAAAAUACCUUUUUUGCCCCCCCUGACGAGCUUGAAGACCUUUAUUGCCCCCCCCCCUGAUGAACUUGA